UCUACAGGUCUCUGUAAAGUUACAACCCUUCCUAACGGUAUACGCAUUGCUUCUGAAAACACCCCUGGACACUUUAGCGCAGUAGGAGUAUACGUGGAUGCUGGCAGUCGAUAUGAGACUGCGAAAACAAGAGGUGUUAGCCAUAUUCUGGAUAGAUUAGCUUUCAAGAGCACCAAGAACAGAUCAGCUGAUGAAGUAGUAGCAGAAUUAGAAUCUCUAGGCGGCAAUAUCAUGUGCUCUUCUUCUCGUGAGUCCAUUAUGUACCAGUCUGCUAUCUUUUCUCAAGAUCUUGGUCGAGUUUUAUCUCUUUUUUCGGAUGUUGUCUGUCACCCUACGAUUGAUAUGGCCGAAGUUGAGGAACAGCGCCAGACUGCUCUUUAUGAAAUUGAAGAGAUUUGGUCAAAGCCCGAUAUGAUCUUGCCAGAGAUUUUACACACAGUUGCAUAUCAAGGAAACACUCUUGGAAACCCAUUACUUUGCCCUCCAGAAAACCUGCAAAAGAUGGCUCCAGAACUUAUUCAUGAAUACAGAAAUGCAUGGUAUAGACCUGAGCGUAUGGUCAUUGCUGCCUGCGGUGCUGAACAUGACAAGGUGGUUGACCUUGCUGUCAAGUAUUUCGGGGAUAUUCCUAAAUCAGAAGAGAAUUUGGAUUCAGUCAUGACGCAUUUGGAAGCUUUAAAGAAGCAAGCAAAUAAAUCCCAGAGUCAGGACAAUAAUAGCAGCAAAUCCUUUGUGAAGUCGCUGCUCAACACAAAACUAAGUUCAGCUAAAUCUCAAUCCCUUUUCGAUAUUGCAACACAACCUGCUCAAUAUACUGGUGGUACGCAAAUGCUGGAAAUUGGAUAUGAUACUCCAUUGAAUCACGUCUAUGUUGCAUUCGAAGGUGUAUCGAUUGAUGAUCCUGAUAUCUAUGCACUUACUACGCUUCAGAUCCUUUUGGGCGGAGGUGGCUCCUUCUCUGCAGGCGGACCAGGCAAAGGAAUGUACUCCCGUCUCUUCACCAAUGUUUUGAACCAACAUUAUUGGGUCGAAUCAUGUCAGGCAUUCAAUCACUGCUACACUGAUUCUGGAUUGUUUGGAAUUUCUGGAUCUUGUCAACCCGAAUACACAAACGCUCUGUUUGAAGUCAUCUGUCGCGAGUUAGAUAUUGUGGCUAGAGGCGAUGUCGGUAGAUUGGGCGUUACAGAAAUCGAAUUGAAUCGCGCAAAGAAUCAAUUGAAGAGCUCCUUAUUGAUGAAUCUGGAAAGUCGAAUGGUACAACUGGAAGAUCUUGGUAGACAAGUGCAAGUACACGGAAAGAAGACAGGCAUCGAUGAGAUGCUGUCGAAUAUUGAUAAAGUCGACAUCAAUGAAUUAAGAAGAGUAGCCAGCAGGGUUGUCCGAGGCGCUACUAGUGUCACUAGUGGCGGAACUGGUAGAGCCACUGUAGUCGCUCAAGGUAAUCUCGCAGGCGUAAGAGACUUCAAUAAGAUUAUAGAUAAAUAUGGACUUGGA